AUGCGUAGCUCGCAAACUAAAAACUCAUCUGCCUCUGAAACCUCGCCCUCAUACACAAAAAGCUCUUUGGCUUUAGAAAAAGCCGAAAGUGGUGGUGUCAACGUCUAUAAUCCAGACAAGGACGAUAACGACGAAAAAAUGCAUGUUAUUAAUACAAACGUUAGGAAAAAAUGGAUACGUGCCAUUAUAUUGAUUUUCUUUUUUGUUGUGAUCCUAUGGUUUCUUAUACCGAAAGAGAGUCGACGGAUACCGAAUUUUUCUGAGUAUCAAGAUGAUUCACUGCACGACUUUAAAGAAUUAUUUGAAGAGGACAGAGAUCUUUUAGCUGACACCAAAAACCCUGCAGAGGCUUCAAAUUCAGCAUCUGGCUCUCCACUCACAUCCUCUCAUUGUACAGUACCACAUCCAGGCCAUCGACUAAUUCAGUAUACAUUAAUGAUUGAUGCUGGUUCAACUGGCUCCCGAAUUCACAUCUACCGAUUUAACUAUUGUAAAGCAUCACCGGAACUCGAGGAUGAAGUAUUUGCACAUACAGAACCCGGAUUAUCAGCAUACGAUGAUCCAUUUAAAGCCGCGGAAAGUUUGGAUACUUUAUUGAAAGUAGCACUACAAACUGUUCCGACACAAUUAUAUAACUGUACACCGGUAGCCGUGAAAGCUACUGCCGGAUUACGAUUAUUGGGAAAAGAGAAAAGUGAGAAUAUUUUGAAGGCUGUUAGAGAAAAUUUGGAAAAUAAUUAUCCGUUUCCGAUAAUUGAAAAGAAUGGGGUUGUUAUUAUGGACGGAAAAGACGAAGGUGUUUACGCGUGGAUCACAGUCAAUUAUUUAUUGGAUAGAAUAGGCUCCGUUAAAAAACAACCAACGGUUGCUAUCUUUGACCUUGGUGGAGGUUCAACUCAAAUAGUAUUUGAGCCUGAUACAACCGAUGGAUUUGAAGUAGCACCCGGAGAUCACAAAUACGAAUUAGAAUUUGGCGGACACACUUAUGUGCUCUAUCAACACUCAUAUUUAGGGUACGGGUUAAUGGAAGCGCGAAAAACAAUGAAAAAUUUCAUGGCAAAAUUAUGGCAAAAAGCAGAUACAAAUGGUAUCCCGGGAUUACGCGCUGACGCCUUAGAACUAAAUAAUAUGGCCGACGACAAUCAUAUUCCACACCCAUGUCUCCCGAAAAAUUUCACCGACUUUUCGAUCAAUUCAACAUUUAUCGGAACAGGCGCAGGUUACGCACAAUGUCGCGCAAUCAUCGAAAAAGUACUAAACAAAGAGAAAGAAUGCCCUCUAACUCCAUGCGCAUUUGACGGCAUCUAUCAACCAUCUAUCCGAGAAACAUUUUCACUCCACGAUAUCUACGCUUUCUCGUACUUUUAUGACCGCGCAAGUCCACUUGGUAUGCCGUCGGAAUUCUCGUUACGCGAAUUGAGUGACUUAGCGAAUGAAGUGUGUUCUGGGGACCUGGAAAAAUUUGCACAUUUGCCUCAGGCGAUUAAAGAACUUGAAAAGAAUCCACAUUAUUGUAUGGACUUGACGUUUAUUUAUGGGUUGUUGCAUAUUGGGUAUGAGAUUCCGUCAGAACGCGAGGUUAAGAUUGCGAAAAAAAUUAAUGGAAUUGAGACUGGAUGGUGUCUUGGGGCUGCUAUUGCUGUGUUAGAUGCGAAUUUGUGGUGUAUAAUAUAA